CUUCCUUUAAUCACAAUGACAAGAAAAGUCAUUGGUAUUACUUCUACAUUCUUAACUAAUAUCUUCUCCAAACCAUCACGACUCCAAUCCAAACAUGAAUGCUUUAGUGUGAAAGCUUUUCCAUGGUCAACUAUACCCCAAGGUCUCGAUCCUAAAAAAGAUUUUCGAGUAGCUUUUAUUACCAGCAAGAAAAAACUUAGUAAACUGGCAGUUCAUCGGAAUAGAGCAGAACGAAGAGUGAAAGCUAGUGUGUCUAUAGUAUUUCCUGAUAUGGCUCCAAAAGGUUAUGAUUAUAUUAUUUAUAUAUUACCUUCCUCUAUACCAAUCAAAUGGGAAAAGUUACAAAGCCAAGUGGUUCAAGCUGCCUCAAGGAUACAUCAUCUUUCAAGAAAUGAAACAAUCAAAUCCUCUCGAUCUCGAACUACCCAAUUGUAAUAAUUUUAGCAUAGCAUAUAGCAUUUGUAUAUAUAUUGAAUAAAAACGCCGCCACACCUUUGUCUUUUUU